UGUUCUCGUCUCGUCUCCGGCCGGCAGAGAUUUAAUAUUAUUUCGGCUCGGAUAAUUGGCACGAACUGGUCGAACGUGAGUCAGGCCAAUCUCGUCUCACGAGUUCGGAGGUCAGAUUCGGGCCCGAACGAACCGAAACAACGAUCCGCGCGUCACGACAGUAUAGCAACCCGAGGCGCACACACACACACACACACAAUGACUGACGUUAAAAACUUUUUCAAGGACAAAAAAGUACUCGUCACAGGCGCCGGGAAAGGGAUCGGCAGGGCGACGGUGCGGCGGCUGUGUCAGCUGGGGGCGCACGUGGUGGCCGUGUCCCGCACGCAGUCCGACCUGGACUCGCUGCGGGACGAGUUUGCCGGCAGCGUGACCAGCGUUUGCGUCGACCUGGCCGACUGGACGGCCACCAGGGAGCGCCUGUCCGAGGUGGCCAAAGGGGUGCACUGCCUGGCCAACAAUGCGGGCGUUGCGCUGCUCGAACCCUUCAUGGACGUCACUGAAGAGCACUUUGACAGGUCUUUCGGAGUGAACGUCAAAUCGGUGCUCAACGUCAGCCAAAUCGUGGCCGCGGACAUGAUUGCGAGGAAGGAAGGGGGUUCUAUUGUUAACAUUUCCUCUCAGGCUUCGCAGAGGGCUCUCGCCGAACAUGCUACUUACUGCUCCACCAAGGGCGCCCUCGACAUGCUCUCCAAAGUGAUGGCACUCGAGCUCGGCAAGCAUAAGAUUCGCGUCAACUGCGUGAACCCGACGGUGGUGAUGACGGCGAUGGGUCGGCUGGGCUGGAGCGACCCGGACAAGGCUGGCCCGAUGCUGUCGCGCAUUCCGAUCGGGCGCUUCGCAGAGGAGCAGGAUGUGGUGGAAGCCAUACUAUUCCUGCUUAGCGACAGCGCGGCCAUGGUGCACGCCUGCAUUCUGCCCGUCGACGGCGGCUUCCUCGCCACUUAACGCACCUCUCGUGUUUCACUCAAUUCACGCCGAACGCCGCCGGCCACGAAAUUCCAAUGGUUCAUUUUUUUCCAGGUGAUUUGUAUCAAAUAAUAAAGAGGUAAAAAUAA